AUGGGCAAUAUCAUUCCGGCUGCAGCUUUUUACGGUCAACCCACCCAGAUCGCUCUGGGUUUCUGGGGUCCAUCCGAAGAGGUGACGAUUUAUGGUCUCCCGUGUGUGGCGAUUCUUGGAUUUCUCUGUCUUUUGCUAUUAUUUCACCGAAAAAUUCUGAUCGAGUAUCAGAACACGCUCACUUUCAUCACAUUCGGAUGCUUCUUCACGGCCACUCCAAUCGUUUGGUACAAUGUGAUGAUCUUUAUCGGAAUGGAGAUCACUAAUGGAAACUUUAAAUUCACUCUCUUUUGGUGCACUUUCUUCAAGGUGUCCACAUUGUCGCUAUGGUUUUGCUCGUUCGUUGUACCAAGUGUGGUUUCCUUCAAUCGUUAUCUCCUCAUCGUUCACAACAAGCACUCAUCGUUGAGAAUGUCGAUUCUCACGCUAGUUAUUGUGUACUUUCCGAUGAUGAUUGUCGACAUUUUGUCCUUUUUCAUCGGCACUCCCCAGAAAAAUGACACUUGCGAAUCUUGGUUGUACGUGAAUUUAACGCCAAUACCACAGCUCUACACAAUGUACAUUUUCCUCGUCAGCGCGUCGGGAGUUCUCUUCGGGAAAUUGACGCUCAUUAAAGUGGCGAGUCUACAAAAACAAGGUGCUCGUGUCAACGAUCGUCAACUGGCCACCGUAAUCUACACACAGUCUUGGGUCCCCUUUCUGGCCACGACUUUCUUCGUCAUCUCGAAUCUGGGCGUGAUCUCGAAUUGGUACGUCUUGCCGAUUUGGUUCACGAAGCCGGCGAAUAUCUACGCUGUGAUAGGGACAACGCUUUUGAUUCCGUUGAUCGCUUUGGUUAGGGCAAGCAAAAUCCGAAACGCGGCGAUGGGAACGCUCUGCAUCGAGCGUUUCAUCGAUGCGAGCAGUCAGAAUGAUUCGGCCGGGAAAACUCAGCAAUUCCAUCCGCCAUCGCUGGUGAGAGUCACG